UUAAAAAACAAAAAAUAAAUAAAUAAAUAAUUGCAUUAAAUAAAUAAAAAAAAUAUUAAAUAAAUAAGAGCAGCAAAAGUGUAAAAGGAUUCAAUAAUGAUUUGUCCGAAACGUACAGCUGAGUUGUUGGAGCUGCACUUGGAAUCGCUAAAGGAUAAGGAUCCUGCUUGGGAGAUAGCGGUUUCGAAAAUAGCCGGUCGCGGCGUCUUCACUACACGCAAAUUGAAACGCGGCGAUAUCAUAUUCCGUGAUAUACCGAUAUUGAUAGGCUUAGCAGCACGUCAAGAGGACACUCUCAACUCUUGCUCAAUAUGCUUUAAAGUGCUACCCGAUACGAAAUUUAUGUGCCGUCAGGGCUGCGCUUUACCAGUUUGUUCGGUAUGCGCAAAGAAAAAGCAGCAUAAGGAUGAAUGUGCCCUUUUAAAAUCGUGGGAGCCGAUUGAGCCCGAUGUCGCCAAUUCGGUUAUCAUACGUUUAAUAUGCGUUGCGCGUGCCAUCAAUUUAUCGAAGGAACAACGCGAUUUAAUUUAUUGCUUACAGGCGAAUUUGGAUAACAAUCAUCGCACCGAGGUACGCAAUGCGGCAAAAUGCUUUAAUAAAUUUCCGACCGAUAAGAAAUUGAUUGAAUUAAUGAAUCGUACAGUAGCUGUAUUGCGUACAAAUGGCUUUGAUGAGACCGCCGAUCGUACCAACGAUAAUCAAGAAUUUUUCUAUCGAGCUUUAUUCCCAUUAUUCGCUAUUGUUAAUCAUGAUUGCGUACCAAAUUCGUAUUACAUGUUCGAAGAUAAAACCAAUUAUAUGGUAUUACGAGCGUCGAUCGAUUUACCAGAGGGCACGGAAAUCACUACAACGUAUACAAAAUUGUUUACCGGAAAUAUUGCGCGCCAUUUAUUCUUGAAGAUGAAGAAAAAUUUUACUUGCAAAUGUCCACGAUGUUCAGACCCAACGGAGAAGGGUGCCUUUAUAUCGGCUGUCUAUUGUCGCGAUACUAAUUGCUCUGGUUUGGCGGUACCUGAAGUAACUGGUUUGCCGCAUCCCAAUUGGAAUUGCUUGGAGUGUAAGCAAAAAUCAACGCAUGCCCAAAUGAUUAAAGCUCAAGAUUUCGCUUCGGGCGCAAUAAAUGCGAAAAUUAAUUCACAUUCAUUGAAAUCGUUGAUUAUCUAUUUGAAUGAGAAAAGUGACAGCUUUAUACCGAACAGUAAUUAUGUUAUAAUUGAUGCUAAGCUACAAGUAAUCGCUCGCUUAAGUAAGAGUAUGGAGGAUUGCGCUCAAGAAUCGGCCGGAGUUAAGGCAAAAUAUUGUCAAGAUAUAUUGGAUAUAAUGGAUAAAUUAGGUUUGGGUGAUUGUGUGAUGCGUAAAUAUUUAGAAAUUGAAAAAGCUAAAUAAGUUUUUACAAUAAUCAAAAUAUGUUUAUUAAAAUUUAUAAGUUCAACAACAACAAUUUCACAUUUAUAUUAAUUAAUAAUAAUAAAAUAUAAAUAAUAUUCGAGGAAGUGAUGUAAAAAGCAUAACUAAAGUUGAAAAUAUAUAUAUAUAUAUAUAUAUAUAUAUAUAUAUAUUUUACUUACAUGCAGACGACACAUACGACGUAUAUGGCUUAUGUUAAUUUAAAGUAUAUGAUCAUUUGUUUGCUUUAUUUUGUUUUAUGUUCAUUUAGAUUACGUUCGCUUUUCUUUUCUUUAUUUAUUUAUUUAUUUAUUUAUUUGUAUAAUUUUCUUGCCUGUCUCGUCGUAUGACGUGUCAGAUGUUUUCGCUGUUAUUGUCAACUAAAUUAAUAUUGUCAAUUUUGGACAUGGCGUUACAAAAAAAUUUUUCUUUACCAGUUCAUAAUAAUAAUAUAAUUAUUGUAUUUCUUGAAAAUUAAUUAAUGUUUACAUAUAACAAAGAAUAUUAAAAGUGAACGUUUUUUCAUAUCUUUAAAGUCCAUGCGUAUAUACAGCGGAAAAUGUAAUUUGAAAAGAGAAAUAUUUUCUAUAAUCAUCAUCGAAGGCUGGAUUACAUUAAAUUCGUCGUUGCGUUUGUAACAUUUCAAUAUCCGCCAGAGAACGUAGUAAAAUCGGAAGAAAGAAUCGGAUAAUCGAAAAUAUCAAGGCAAUGUUCGCGGGUUUCAAUCGUAAUGCGAUAGAUUUUACUUUGGUUUAUGAUGGGCUAUAGUGAGUCCUUAGCCUAUAAAGGCAUAACACUUACCGAUUGGAUACACAUUCAUGGCCAUUACCAUAUUACAUGAAUACGAGACAUCUCCUGAAUUCCCUGAAUGGAUUGAUCGGUCAUAUUAGAAACAGAUGAGACAAGAGAAGAAUAGAAUAAUCAGAGAGAUAUUAUACGAUAAAAAAUAUAUUUUCUUGAUUAGUGUGAGCAGCUGAUAACUCGCAGUGAUUAUACUCGCAACUAUUUGCCUAUCUUUCUAUGCUUUUGUCUAUCAAUUAUUAACUUAACUGCUAAAGCCAUACGAUAUUUGAUAAUUGGAUGUUGAAAAAGUCGAAUAAGUUGAA